AGUUGCAUAAUUUUUUAUAUUUAUUAAUGAAAUAUGUGCAAUCACGCAACAACUAUGUUGUGAUUUUAAACGUGUAAAUUUUAUUGGAGGAUGAUAUUUGUUAUUUAUCAUUAGGGAAGUGAAAAUUAUUUAGGUCUGUUCACAUUGUGUGCAAUAAAAUCUUCAAAAUGGAUGCCACAUCCAAAGAAUACUUUCACACUCUUGAAAUGCUGAAACAGGAGCUGAGUGUUUUUAAAAGCGAGCAGAGUAAAUUUCGAAUUCAGAUGUCUCAACUGGCAGCCGAAAACAAACGACUCACUGGCGAACUGAAGGAAAACGUCCAGAUGAGAUUGCAGCAUCUGACCGAAAGUGAUGUUGGAAAACUAGAGCAACAGUUACAGUCAGCGCGAGACUCUAAGGAUGCUGCGAUGAAAAUGUGGCAGGAGGCUAUAAAAGAAUUGGAAAAAAAAGAUGAAUUGCUGCUUGGUAAAAAGAGCAUCGUGAGUAUGGAACGGAAUGAAGUUGAAAAGCAGAUACACCAGAUGAAGGAAGAAUAUUACAGAAGUUUGAAUGUGCUGUCUGAAGAACUGUCACUUAAUAGAACAGAAAUUGCCAAGUGCAAAAAAGCAUUGGAUGAAAGAACUUUAGAGCUUGAGGAUUGUCGUAAAAUCAUCGGCAAUACCACAGCGCAAAUAAAUGCAAAUAAAACAUUAAUUAGUAACCUUUCGAGUGCGAGCAAGCAGUUAGAAACUCAAAAUCAGUCACUAAAAUCACUGCUAAAUGAUGCUGAAAAGGUAAUAGAAGAAAGCAAAAACGAAAUAUCGAGUGUGAAAAAAGAGAAUUGGGAACUAAAUAUGACAGUGUCUGAACUUAAAGAUCAAAAUAAGAAGCUAAAAUCUAAAAUUUCAACUUUAGAGAAAGAUGCCAAAGAAAGUUUAUUAGCUGCGGAAGAAGCUGUCUUGCAAAAGAAAGAAAUAGCUUUUAGGGAGGAACUGUGCUUGAAAGAGAUCGAGCAAUUGAAAAACGCUACCGAUCUCGACGUGGAGAAAGUUAGUUUGAGGUUCAAAGCUGAAAUCAAAGAAGUCCAGAAGCAGGCGUCUGAAAAAAUUAAAAGUCUUAUGGAUGAAAUACAAAAUUUACAUCGAGAGAAUGGCGAGAAACAGAGCAUGUUCGAGAAGUCAUUGCGAGAGAAGCAAGCGCUUGAAUCAAAAAUGGAGUUGCUGUAUUCCGAGAAUGCCGUAAAUGCACCUUUCUCGAAUAGUGCGUUCGAUGACAUGCUGAAGAGGCUAACUAUGGCUGAGAAGUCUCGAGACGAAUUCGAACUCAAAGCUUCUUCUCUCGACCUAACUUUGCAAGAGCUCAAGCAUAGCAAAGACAUGGAGAUGCAGUACCUGCAAGAGGAACUGAAAAAUACAAAAGAUCGUUUGAACAAUCUGCUGAAGGACUUCAACUUGACAUCUACUGAUAGAAUGAAACUGUGCGAGGAGAUCGGCAAAUUGAAAAAGAAGUCGAGUGAACUAGAAAAGGAAUUGAAAAUGGUGAAAAGUAGGCAUAGCAAUGAGCUUGCCGUGAUGAGUGAAAAUUUUAAGCGAAAGCACCAGAAUGUGGUUGAACAAUUGAAUUCAACUGAAGAACAUUACAAGAAACUUUGCGCAGAAAUGCAAAACUUGUUAGAUUCUGAGUUUAAAAUUAGUAACCAAUUAAAAGCAGAAGCGGAUAGCUUGAUAUGUCAGUCUGAAAACAAAAUUAAAGAAUUAUGUCAGAAUAUUGCUUUUCUAAAGCAUCAAAAUACGCAAUUGGUAAAUAUGUUGCAUGAAAAUGACGUUUAUGUGCCUCAAGAAACCGUAUUUGUAUCAUAA